AUGCUUCCGCGUUUCCUUCAUCCCGUCGUCCAUCAAAUUGGGGCCACUGCUGGCAGCACAAGGUAUAGCCCUCUCUCACUGCAGGUAGCAACCAACCAGCCCGUGGGUGUGUGGCUUGUGACUGUGUGUGCACCAGUGGCCCUCCUCCCGUUCUUGCUCCAUCUCACGUUGCAUGCAUGCAUCCUCUUUCCCGCUGCUGCCUCCCUCCCUCUCACUGCCCUUCUAAGCGCACCCUCCCCUCUUCCUUACCCUCCCCCCCACUUCCCGCCCAACCCCCCUUCCCCCCCGUUCCACCCAGCAGCGCUAGAGCCGAGCUACAUGCCACUGCUUGGGACGGCCCACAUGCCACAGACCCCCUUACUUCAGUGGCCCCCUCCUAUCUUCCUGAUUUGGCAGCUUCUGGUGUUGGCCAUUCCAUGCGCACUCACUGCUGCUCUGUGUCUGUGCCUUGCUGGUGGAGGGGAGGGGCGUGGGGUCAACACCGACGCUCCCUCACGCUUCUCCCCUGUGGCCGUGCAGGGACGCACACGGGAGGCUGCGAGGAGGGCUGCUGGGAGGAGUCACCUGGUGGUGCUUCAGCUGCCCUGGUAUCCCUCUCAGGUGCAGGUAUCCCUCUCAGGUGCAGGUAUCCCUCUCAGGUGCAGGUAUCCCUCUCAGGUGCAGGUAUCCCUCUCAGGUGCAGGUAUCCCUCUCAGGUGCAGUGGCCCCUUCUUCCUUCCUCCAUGCAUGGCAGUGACUGCUCUCUCACUUGUGCUUGGGGCCUUUCCUUGCAAUCCCACUCACCACUGCUCUCUCUGUGCCUUGCUGGAGGGGAGGGGCGUGGGGUCAACACCGACGCUCCCUCUCACCUCUCCCCUGUGGCCAUGCAGGGACGGGAGGGAGACAGCGCUGCAGUAUAUUGGAAUCGCUGCCAUGAGGGAGAGUAUGGGGCUGGGCAUGGCCUCUCAAGCAGAGAUGAGUGGUGGGGACGGGAGGGAGGCAGCACUGCAGCGGAUUGCAAUCGCUGCCACGAGGGAGAGUAUGGGGAUGGGCGUGGCGUCUCAAGAUGAGCCCUUUGCCUGCUCUUCCGCACUGCACUCGCGUUCUGCUGGAAGUCUCUGUCCCUUGCUCCCUGCGCCCCUCCCACCGCCUCCCUCGCAGCGCCCAGUGCAACCGAGGCUGCAGCAGGGAGGAAGGGGGCAGCAGGAGGGUAGCAGCAGGAGGGCAGCAGGAGGGCAGCAGGAGGGCAACAGGAGGGCAACAGGAGGGAGAGUAUGGGUUUCUUUCCUCAUUUCUCUUCCCACGCAUCUCCUCCCCCUUCACACCUCCGUCCUCUUCUCCCCCACCUCCGUCCCUCGUCCCUUCCUCUCUCUGUCCCACUCUGCAACCCUCUCAUCCCAGCAGGUCGCUCACACGGGAGUGGCAGUGGUGGGGGACAUGGAGUGGAGGGGAGGGGCGUGGGUGUCAACGGCGCCACUCCUGCACGCCCCUCCUUUGGUGGUUUGUAGGCACCCACGGGGAUGGGGAGGAGGCAGCACUGCAGCGGACUCAAAUGGUUCUGCUAGGGAGAGUAUCGGGAUGGGUGUGGCCCCUCAAGGUGCGUUACCUCACGCCUUAGCUCACCUCUCCCUUGCUGCAGCAGCUCUCACGUGCUCACCUCUCCCUUGCUGCAGCAGCUCUCACGUGCUCACCUCUCCCUUGCUGCAGCAGCUCUCACGUGCUCACCUCUCCCUUGCUGCAGCAGCUCUCACGUGCUCACCGAUCCCGGUCGGCGGCGGCUCAUACAAGAUCACCUCUCCCUUGCUGCAGCAGCUCUCACGUGCUCACCUCUCCCUGCUGCAGCAGCUCUCACGUGUCAAGCACUCCCUGGCUUCAGCAGCUCUCACGUGCUCACCUCUCCCUUGCUGCAGCAGCUCUCACGUGCUCACCUCUCCCUUGCUGCAGCAGCUCUCACGUGCUCACCUCUCCCUUGCUGCAGCAGCUCUCACGUGCUCACCUCUCCCUUGCUGCAGCAGCUCUCACGUGCUCACCUCUCCCUUGCUGCAGCAGCUCUCACGUGCUCACCUCUCCCUUGCUGCAGCAGCUCUCACGUGCUCACCUCUCCCUUGCUGCAGCAGCUCUCACGUGCUCACCUCUCCCUUGCUGCAGCAGCUCUCACGUGCUCACCUCUCCCUUGCUGCAGCAGCUCUCACGUGCUCACCUCUCCCUUGCUGCAGCAGCUCUCACGUGCUCACCUCUCCCUUGCUGCAGCAGCUCUCACGUGCUCACCUCUCCCUUGCUGCAGCAGCUCUCACGUGCUCACCUCUCCCUUGCUGCAGCAGCUCUCACGUGCUCACCUCUCCCUUGCUGCAGCAGCUCUCACGUGCUCACCUCUCCCUUGCUGCAGCAGCUCUCACGUGCUCACCUCUCCCUUGCUGCAGCAGCUCUCACGUGCUCACCUCUCCCUUGCUGCAGCAGCUCUCACGUGCUCACCUCUCCCUUGCUGCAGCAGCUCUCACGUGCUCACCUCUCCCUUGCUGCAGCAGCUCUCACGUGCUCACCUUUCCCUUGCUGCAGCAGCUCUCACGUGCUCACCUCUCCCUUGCUGCAGCAGCUCUCACGUGCUCACCUCUCCCUUGCUGCAGCAGCUCUCACGUGCUCACCUCUCCCUUGCUGCAGCAGCUCUCACGUGCUCACCUCUCCCUUGCUGCAGCAGCUCUCACGUGCUCACCUCUCCCUUGCUGCAGCAGCUCUCACGUGCUCACCUCUCCCUUGCUGCAGCAGCUCUCACGUGCUCACCUCUCCCUUGCUGCAGCAGCUCUCACGUGCUCACCUCUCCCUUGCUGCAGCAGCUCUCACGUGCUCACCUCUCCCUUGCUGCAGCAGCUCUCACGUGCUCACCUCUCCCUUGCUGCAGCAGCUCUCACGUGCUCACCUCUCCCUUGCUGCAGCAGCUCUCACGUGCUCACCUCUCCCUUGCUGCAGCAGCUCUCACGUGCUCACCUCUCCCUUGCUGCAGCAGCUCUCACGUGCUCACCUCUCCCUUGCUGCAGCAGCUCUCACGUGCUCACCUCUCCCUUGCUGCAGCAGCUCUCACGUGCUCACCUCUCCCUUGCUGCAGCAGCUCUCACGUGCUCACCUCUCCCUUGCUGCAGCAGCUCUCACGUGCUCACCUCUCCCUUGCUGCAGCAGCUCUCACGUGCUCACCUCUCCCUUGCUGCAGCAGCUCUCACGUGCUCACCUCUCCCUUGCUGCAGCAGCUCUCACGUGCUCACCUCUCCCUUGCUGCAGCAGCUCUCACGUGCUCACCUCUCCCUUGCUGCAGCAGCUCUCACGUGCUCACCUCUCCCUUGCUGCAGCAGCUCUCACGUGCUCACCUCUCCCUUGCUGCAGCAGCUCUCACGUGCUCACCUCUCCCUUGCUGCAGCAGCUCUCACGUGCUCACCUCUCCCUUGCUGCAGCAGCUCUCACGUGCUCACCUCUCCCUUGCUGCAGCAGCUCUCACGUGCUCACCUCUCCCUUGCUGCAGCAGCUCUCACGUGCUCACCUCUCCCUUGCUGCAGCUCUCACGUGCUCACCUCUCCCUUGCUGCAGCAGCUCUCACGUGCUCACCUCUCCCUUGCUGCAGCAGCUCUCACGUGCUCACCUCUCCCUUGCUGCAGCAGCUCUCACGUGCUCACCUCUCCCUUGCUGCAGCAGCUCUCACGUGCUCACCUCUCCCUUGCUGCAGCAGCUCUCACGUGCUCACCUCUCCCUUGCUGCAGCAGCUCUCACGUGCUCACCUCUCCCGUGCGUUACCUCACGCCUUAG